AUGAAAGGCUCUGGUUCCCCUUGUGGUGCCUGCAAAUUCUUGAGAAGAAAAUGUGUGAGAGGUUGUGUUUUUGCCCCUUAUUUCAGCCAUGAACAAGGUGCUACUCAUUUUGCAGCAAUCCACAAGGUUUUCGGGGCCAGCAACGUGUCGAAACUGCUUUCUCACCUUCCGGUGAAUGAUCGGUGUGAGGCUUCUGUCACGAUCUCGUAUGAAGCUCAGGCUAGGGUUCAAGAUCCGAUUUAUGGUUGUGUUUCGCAUAUUUUUGCCCUCCAACAGCAGGUUGUCGAUCUUCAAGCCCAACUAGCUUCCCUCAAAGAACAAGCAGCUCAAUCCAUCCUAAAUAGCUCCAAAAAUGGUAACCCUAAUGAAAAAUUCUACUGUGGAACCAAUUCCUUCUCUCGAGAUGUUAGAAGUUGGUUCCAGUCCUCUCAAAAUCAAGUACUGGUGCCUCAAUUCGAUGCAAACUCGAGCAGUACUAAUAUCAGAGAGAUGGCAUCGUCUUACGAAAACAGUACCAUGAACGAUCUGAACCCUGUUGGAAAUUAUGAAAAUUCAGCCCUCCUUGAGGAAAAUACCUCAUUUGGUAGCAUGGAUUCACUUGAAAUGCAAUCGAAUGCAACAGAAUGUCCCUUUCAAGAUGAUGGAUAUGACCUUCAAUCAGUAACCUUCAGAUACAUUCAGCGUUCUUGA